AGAACUGGUUUGAUUUCAACAGAAAAACCACAGCGACUAUUCACACAGGAAGGAACAUCAUGAAGAUUGUACCGUUAUGGAUUGUUUUCUGUGUAGUUUGUGUUAGCACUGUCAAUGGCGGGCGUCGAUUUAAACACCAAAGUCGAGGCAACGACGUUGACGACAAUGCUGAAUGGGAACUGGACUCCAAAGGGCUCGUGUCACACAUCGUCAAUCUCGAUGUCCUGCCUGACGUCAGUGUUGCCGAAAACAGCAAAGGGGAGAUAAUCGUGAAUCUUCGAGACACUUCCGUUGCUUACAGAUGGCAAAAGGGAUGGUAUCUGAUGAGCACCAAUGUCAGACAAAGACACGGAUUGGACGUCAAACACGUGGCCAUUAUACGAAAAAUACAACGCGUAAAUGUCGUCAGUCGUACAAAGGUCAAGGUUGAGGGUAUCAACGUCAGCCCCUUAGGCCUACUUCAGGAGGCACAAGUGUUCCUUAGAUAUCCCCACAUAACCAGCAAACAUGGUCAUCGCCAGAAGAGAUAUGUGUCCAAUCUUCUGUCUGACGUCUUGGACAAAAUCAACUUCCAUGCCACUGAUCGUGAUGAAUCCAUCAACUUUAAUCUUGAUCCCAAGACUGGUCAAUCAAGUAAUACAUACAGUGUAUACAAGGAGCAAGGUAAAAAGGAGGUCAAGGUCGAAAAUAUCGUCAAAGGUAAAACCAGUGCCAUUCCACGAGAUGUUGACUUUCGCCUGAACUGUAAGGAUUGUUUUGAAGUACGACACAUAGGGCAUACAAUGGACCUCAACGUAGAGAGACGAAACACGACAGCUAUUGUUAACAAAUUCCUCAUACAGAGUGACGUCAAUACCAUCCAAAACGUUGACUUCGACGUGGACUUCAGAAAAGCUCUUGGCGUUAAGGAAAGACUGAUCUUGGACAAGACACCUACAACCGUGUUACGGACUAUUCCAGUUGCAAAAGUGAAUGAGAAACUACCACCCAUACAACUAGUCAUCUCAUAUGACAAAACUGUGUAUUUAGAAGUCAACGCAACAUCUGAUGGACCAAUCAACUUCAAUGGCAAAUUCCAUGUACAAGGGAAUUAUACUGCGACCUCAACAGAAACAUCCGGACAUAUUCCGAAAACAGACCUGACCACAAUUGGCUGGUCAUCUUCAGACCUUUCAUUCCAUAGCCAUUCUGCAACAAGAUAUAACUUUUCGAUGGCCCUUUAUCAAGAGGUUACUCUACGAACUUCAGUACAGUGGUCUCAGCAUGACGUGUCUCUGGUGUUCACGCCGCCGGAAGUUGCAAGUUUCAGGCCUGUUAUGUACGCCCGUACUACCGAGGAUGAGUACAGUCGAUGUGAAAACACCUCGCUUACAGUUGACGGGGUAUUUACCUACGACAAGUCGGAUUUUGUGGCUAAAGCUUUCCACAAAACCGUAUGGGAUCUGGGAUUAGUAGCUACCACUGUCAUCCAUAAGUCUUUGGUAAAAGACACACUAUCUAGCGUCUGCUCUGCAAAUUGUGGCGCUCCAGUCGCUGAUGUCCAAGGGAAGACCAUGGAAGCGGUUUGUGGUGCAGCUGGACACGCCAUCGUCAGAGGAGAUGGCAAUUUUAAGAAGUUAACGUUGAUUGGAGGGGACUUCAUCCUGUUUCGGUCUGAAGAAACGGUCAGUGCAAGCUGGUGUGGAACGUCAAAUCGACCUUGUCGUACAUGUGUAUGGAGUGAUAACGGCGACAGUGAGGCCGAUGUUUGUGCAGACAGAUUAAUGACGUCUGCAGCAGCAGCAUCGUUGACUACACUUGGACAGUUUGCCGCACAGGAAUGGCCAAACCGAAAGCUGGUGGUGCUUGAAGCAUGGGAUGAACCAACGUCAGAUCACCCUCACGGAAGUCAUGGCGCAUCGUCACUUCACUAUUCCGGAAGAGCUCUACAGGUGGCGCUGACAAUUGAACAUCCGAACAGAACUAAAUCACUGCAGUUGGAAUCGUCAACCCCGUUGUUGAAGAGACUGUCAGAACUUGGUGCAUGCGCUGGGUUCCCAUUCUUUGAUGUCACUUCCGGUCAUGUUGAGUUCUGCGUCCAUGAUGGUUCAUCGCAUCAAACAAGGUCAAAGCGAUCGUCAAUCGGACCAACAGGAGACAAUAUGGAGAAAGGGUCGUUUCUUAGAACAAUGAAUGAAACUGGGCUUAAGUCGGCUUCUACUGCUUGCAAGAUUGGGCGUAUCAAGCAAACUGAUGUUCUUGACCAUAUCAUCAAUCCCCCAUUGAGGGAACAUGAUUUACAAUAUAGAUUAAUUCAGUAUCCAUAUGAAGACGUUAUAUUCAAGCCCGAGGGAUCAUCAUCAGCCACAUGCUAUCAGUCGACUAGGAGAUGCAAGAGCACGUGCAAGUGGUCUGACAGUACGGAACCCUGGGAUUGGUGUCAGACAAGGGUCAUGACCCCCAGAAUGGCGAUACGCCUGCGACGAUUGGCCGCUAUUGUUAGUCACCAGUAUCCAGGUGCAAAAUUAAAUGUGGGAAAGCCAUCCCUAGCAGCUCACCGAGGGUCGUCUAACGAUAUCCUGCUUGAAAUGAAUGGGAGGAAACUCCAGAUUGCUCGUCAGUCAGGCACAACACCAACCACAUCACAACUUCACUCUUUGGCGACCUGUGCAGGCUUUGACUACAUAGACAGUUCCAAGUCUUCAAAUAUUGAUGUCUAUGUCAAGCUUCAAGAUGGCUACAAGGCAACAAUUGUCCCUUUCCCGAUAACUACAGUGUUGGCGGUAGGGGUCAAGGAUGAAGACUAUGCAUACCCAUCAGCAUUGGUUGGCGAGUCCAGAAAGUCUCUACUGUUUGAUGGUUUUAAUAAGGACAUAGCACUCUCGCAACACUUCAAAAUAUCAGACUUCAAGCACUCAGAGAGAAGAUUCUUCAGACUCGAUGCAUCCCUCGUUGACUGUCUGGAGCUGGUGGUAAACGAUCUUGGACAAGAUGUCAGAGUUGUUCCAAAUUCUGCUUACAGGUCACACUCCAUCAACCUGCGUGACAUGGACCAUAGACAUUCCCAGGAAAAGCUGAGAUUUGAAGCAGGACAAGCAAUGCAUGUCAAGAGCAUCGCGGGCCAAUCAACAGAGGACCUUGUGAAUAUUGGACAAUCGUUUCUGAGAAGCUGUUCUCCAAUUCUUCGACUGCAGUCACGUGGUCUUGGCAUUGGUUGUCAUGGUGAUUCUUUAUACAUCGACAUUCGGCCGAUGACGCCUGGUGAUGUUCGAGACAUAGCUGAAGUGUGGGGUGCAGGAAAUGAGGCAGUCUUUGACAAGUUGCACAGUACCAUGGAAGAACUGAGGAAAGGGGGGCCAGCAAUAAAUCCCCUGAACCUGAAGAGGACGUGCAAAACACCACGGCUUGGUGAACAGUUUGCAUACUUCUCCUUCAACACACGUUCACUUGGGUUCUGUUUCCACGACCGAGAGAGCCAGUUCUGCCGUGACACCAAGAAACACAGACAGCAUCAGGCCGAGAAACUCCGAGAUGACCUGAUGAAAGUUGCAGGCACCACGAUGACCAGGAGUGCGAUAGAGUCGGAUCUACAGAAGUGUGUUCUGGACAACUGUGGAGGAUGUCCAGGCAAAGGAACAAUAUGGAAUAAAAAGGUGAGUGGAUGCGUGGGAAUGGUUCACACUUUCCUGGGGCUUGCCAAAAACCAGUUCAAAGACGUAGUUGACAAGGCUGCCUUCUUCAACAUCGACAACGCCGAAUCAAGUGUUCACUCCCUGGCGUGUCAUGACGGCCACGUAUGUUUGGAGAACACACAGCUGUAUUCCCUAAUAAUGCCUCUAAUGAAUUCCAAGUACCAGCCGGACCCACAGAUGAGCCGAGAGGAGUUAUUGUACAGUGGAGAUGACAACCCCUUGCCGCUGAUAUCGCUAGUGGAACAAGAGUUUGCAAAACAGGUGUCGGGCGUUGUGAAGGUUUAUAUAGAGUCGGAGGCAGACAUGGCCAGUAUGAGGGACGUUUUGAAGAUUCUGAUGAUCUACAACCGGGACGUGACUGAGGUGGAGUUCCAUCUGACGGACACGGUGGACCAGGACAACGUCAUGUCCGCCCUGCAGAGGAAGCUGGAGUACUGGUCGGGGACGGCCUGUCCACGGUGGAGUCGGUUUGCUGUGGCUGGGUACAGCGUCCAUGACAUCCCCCAUCACAGGAGGAGGAGGAGUCUAGAGAGGAGCAGGAGCAGGAACAAGGUGAAGAAAGCCAUGAAGGAGUGGGAGCUGGACUGGAUCAAGAAGAUGUGAACUGAUGGACAUGUUGUCGGAUUAUAGAUGUGUGACGUAUUUUAUGCAAAUAAUGAUUUUAUAUGUAUUCCGAGUAUAUCAAAUAUUAGAUUUCCUUUAUUCUAAUAUCCUAGUGCUUCCUAUUUUGACACUGCAGUUAUCUCACCGUGCGAUGGAACAUAUCCUUCUGUGAGUUAUGAGCAUAAACAUUAAUUUGGACUGGAUCCUAUCGUUACUCGGCAUAGUGCGAGGCAAUGCGACCUGUAUAAGUAUACUUCCACACAAAUUAUGUUGUCUGUAAAAAUGAUUUACUUUUUAUGUAGUGCAAAUAAACAGUGGCAUCAACUGUCA